UUGAAUUUUGAUAUAAUAUAUUAUUUAUUUAAUAGCCGUUUGGCCAAUAUUGCGAAAAAUGGUAUAGUGAACAGUAAGAAAAUGAAAUUACUUUGGAUUACAUUCCUUAGUUACUUGGUGACACAUAUCAACGGCUCUAGCCUCAUAGACUGCAAUAAUAAAGGAUUCAUUUGUUACGACAGAACAAGAUUUUAUCAAUGCGUCGAGAUAGGAAACUCGACAUUCGUGAUUGGCAGCCCUCAACAAUGCCCUCCUGGAUUAAUAUGUGAUGAUCUGUCGGAUUUGGAGUGCGAUGAACCUGAAAAUAUACCAACAACUAGGAAAACAACUACUAGAACAACUCCUGAAAAUGCAACCACUACACAUAGCAAAGGUUCCACCGGAAAGCCCAGUACUUCAACGGAAACCAAUGCACAAUCUGAUACAACCGAAACAUCACGUGACACAUCUGAAUCAUAUUCCAAGAUGACGACUAGCAUAGCUUCCACAGCGAAAGACAGAAAUCCCUCAGAUACUACUAGACCAUCUGAUACAACCGAAUAUUCACGGGACACAUCUGGGUCAAAUUCAACUGUGACGGCUACCAUUGGUUCCACAAGGACGACCAGUAUUUCUUCAGAUAAUACUGAACCAUCCGAGAGAAGUGAAUCUACCCGUGACACCUCUGAUUCAAAUAUGACCGUGAUACCCAGCAGAGGUUCUACAGAAAAUACUAGUGCUUUUACAGUCACGCCUGAACCAUCGGAUAACACUGUGACAGCCAGCGACACAUCCGCAUCAGAAACAACCGUAACACCAGGCAGAGGUUCUACAGAAACUUCAAGUUAUCCUACGGACUCUUCUGAACCAUCCGAUAGCACACGAUCAUCUUCUGAUACAUCUGCAUCUGAAAAACCAGUGACAUCCAGCGGUGGUAACACCGAAACGACAAGUGUUCGUACAGACACUUCAGAAUCAUCUGAUGAAACUGAAACAGCCAGCGAUACAUCCGCAUCAGAAACAACCGUAACACCAGGCAGAGGUUCUACAGAAACUUCAAGUAAUCCUACGGACUCUUCCGAACCAUCCGAUAGCACACGAUCAUCUUCUGAUGCAUCUGCGUCUGAAAAACCAGUGGCAUCCAGCAGUGGAAACACCGAAACGACAAGUGUUCGUACAGACACUUCAGAACCAUCUGAUGAAACUAAAACAGCCAGCGAUACAUCCGCAUCAGAAACAACCGUAACACCAGGCAGAGGUUCUACAGAAACUUCAAGUAAUCCUACGGACUCUUCUGAACCAUCCGAUAGCACACGAUCAUCUUCUGAUACAUCUGCGUCUGCAAAACCAGUGACAUCCAGCGGUGGUAACACUGAAACGACAAGUAUUCGUACUGACACUUCAGAACCAUCUGAUGAAACUAAAACAGCCAGCGAUACAUCCGCAUCAGAAACAACUGGAUCACCAGGCAGAGGUUCUACAGAAACUUCAAGUAAUCCUACUGACUCUUCUGAACCAUCCGAUAGCACACGAUCAUCUUCUGAUACAUCUGCGUCUGAAAAACCAGUGACAUCUAGCAGUAGUAACACCGAAACGACAAGCGUUCGUACAGACACUUCAGAACCAUCUGAUGAAACUACAACAGCCAGCGAUACAUCCGCAUCAGAAACAACCGUAACACCAGGCAGAGGUUCUACAGAAACUUCAAGUAAUCCUACGGACUCUUCUGAACCAUCCGAUAGCACACGAUCAUCUUCUGGUACAUCUACGUCUGAAAAACCAGUGACAUCCAGCAGUGGUAACACCGAAACGACAAGUGUUCGUACAGACACUUCAGAACCAUCUGAUGAAACUGAAACAGCCAGCGAUACAUCCGCAUCAGAAACAACCGCAACACCAGGCAGAUCUGCGUCUGAAAAUCCAGUGACAUCCAGCAGUGGUAACACCGAAACGACAAGUGUUCGUACAGAUACUUCAGAACCAUCUGAUGAAACUGAAACAGCCAGCGAUACAUCCGCAUCAGAAACAACCGUUACACCAGGCAAAGGUUCAACAGAAACUUCAAGUAAUCCUACGGACUCUUCAGAACCAUCCGACAGCACACGAUCAUCUUCUGAUACAUCUGCGUCUGAAAAUCCAGUGACAUCCAGCAGUGGUAACACCGAAACGACAACAUCCGCAUCAGAAACAACCGUAUCACCAGGCAGAAGUUCUACAGAAACUUCAGUAACACCAGGCAGAGGUUCUACAGAAACUUCAAGUAAUCCUACGGACUCUUCCGAACCAUCCGAU